AAGCCCCACAACGAGAUCACAGACCUGUCAGCACCAGUGGACCGACCCUUCAAAGACUUCUACACUGCCAUCACUUUCUAUCCGUGGGAUUUCAGUUGGCCGGGCAUUAAGAGACGGCUCAAGUUGUGGAUCAAAUACAGGGAACAAAACCAACAGCAACUCUACCCUAAAAGACACGCCGAUUUAGGUCCAGACCUGGCGAUCGCCAACUUUGUGAUACACCGCGGAGGACGGGUUCUGUUCAGUCACGCGACCGACAAGUGGGCCACGAAAGCGGAUUCGUUGACUGAGUUGGAUCUGUCCAACAAUUUUCUGGACGACUGGUCCUGUGAUAAGUUGAGUCGAGUCUUCAGGAGCGCCAAACUCUCGUCACUGAAUCUGUCGAACAAUCCGCUGAUCACUCAUCGCGGUAUUGAAAGCCUCCAUUGGAUCCGUUCGCUCAAG